GAGUGGGCAAAGAGCACACAGAGAGAGCGGUGUCAGCACAGCAGCGGCUCCGGCAGAGGGAGGAAUCAAGAGGGAUACGCGUAGGACUGUGUGCUACCAUUAGGCUUUCGGGAAUACUUUCAUUUUCCUCUCAGAAGAUAUGAAACGAGUUGUACGGCAGAGCAAAUUCCGUCACGUCUUUGGCCAGACGGCAAAAAAUGACCAAUGCUACGAUGAUAUCCGGGUCUCAAGGGUCACAUGGGACAGCUCCUUCUGUGCAGUCAACCCCAAGUUUGUCGCCUUAAUUAUUGAGGCCAGUGGUGGAGGAGCUUUCCUCGUUCUCCCUCUUCACAAGACGGGACGCAUUGACAAAUCCUACCCCACAGUGUGUGGUCACACAGGCCCGGUGUUGGACAUCGACUGGUGCCCCCACAAUGAUCAUGUCAUCGCCAGCGGCUCGGAGGACUGCACAGUGAUGGUGUGGCAGAUUCCUGAGAAUGGCCUUGUUACUGCAAUGUCUGAGCCAGUGGUGGUACUGGAGGGCCACUCCAAGCGCGUUGGCAUCAUCACAUGGCACCCAACAGCCCGCAACGUCCUUCUUAGUGCAGGUUGUGACAACCAGAUCAUCAUCUGGAACGUGGGCACAGGAGAGGCUAUGAUCAACCUGGAGGACAUGCACCAGGAUGUCAUUUACAACGUGUCCUGGAACCGCAACGGUAGCCUCAUCUGCACCUCCUGCAAGGACAAGGCCAUCCGCGUGAUCGAUCCCCGCAAGGAGAUGAUUGUUGCUGAGAAAGAGAAGGCACACGAGGGCGCUCGACCCAUGAGAGCCAUCUUCCUCUCUAAUGGCAACGUCCUCACCACGGGUUUCAGUCGCAUGAGUGAGAGGCAGCUGGCCCUCUGGAACGUGAAUAAUAUGGAGGAGCCCAUGACUGUUAAUGAGAUGGACAGCAGCAACGGAGUGCUCUUGCCCUUCUAUGACCCAGACACCAGUGUCGUUUACCUCUGUGGGAAGGGUGACAGCAGCAUCCGUUACUUUGAAAUCACAGAUGAGGCUCCAUAUGUUCACUUCCUCAGCACCUUUGCCACCAAGGAGCCCCAGAGGGGAAUGGGCUACAUGCCCAAGAGGGGCCUUGAUGUCAAUAAGUGUGAAAUUGCGAGGUUCUAUAAACUGCAUGAAAGGAAGUGUGAGCCUAUCGUGAUGACCGUACCGAGAAAGUCGGACCUGUUCCAGGACGACUUGUACCCGGACACAUCUGGACCCGACCCUUCCCUGGAGGCUGAGGAUUGGUUUGAUGGGAAGAAUGGAGAACCCAUCCUCAUCUCCCUCAAGAACGGCUACGCCCCGGGCAAGAACCGUGAAUUCAAGGUGGUCAAAAAGAACAUUUUGGACGCCAAGAACACGGAGAACUCAAGCCCUGCCAACAAGUCUGCCUCUCCGACUCCAUUGAUUAAAUCUGAAGCCAAGCUGGAGGAGAUCUUGAAAGAAAUCAAAUCUCUCAAGGACCUGGUCAGCAGUCAGGAGAAGCGAAUCAUCAAACUUGAAGAGCAAAUGUCCAAAAUCGCCAUUUAGGGACCCUUUACCCAACCCGCUACAAUUCAGGACGUUCCAUUGGCUGGGGGGUGGGCGGGAUCAGUCACUGCCUAUCUCAAUGACAGUGUUUCGUCUGAGGCCUGCCUAGCAACGAUCCCUAGCAACAUUCCAGUUGAACUUUUUCUUAGCCAGCCCCCGACCCUCAGUUUAACACAGGUGGAAUAAGGACGUGUGGCAAAUUUAGUACAAAAUACUCUUUUUACUUUUCGGUGACAAAGGACUCUAUUCCUUUUAUUGUGUGGCAGUCUUUUUAUUUUAUUUUGUCUACUUGUAUAAAAAAAGGUCUUACAUAUUCCUUUGCAUUUAAGAAAUAUGACCAAGAGAAUUCCAAUAUCAAUAGUCCGCAUUUGCCAUUGCAUAGCCAAAAUAUUUUUUAAGUAGAUCUCAGUGUUUCAUGUUACUAUGCCCCAAAAUUAUAAUGUUGCCAAAUUUGACAUUUUGUUUACACCUCCUUAUCAGUAUUUCUUUCUCAAAAUGCAAACGGGGACACCCAGUGCUGCCACUGGUUAUGUAAGGACAUCAUCAAUUAUUAUCUAUGAAAUUAAAAUAAUUUGAAUAUAAUGAAUGGUUAUGCUAGGAAGAUCUUAAACUCUGUAAUGAGGCGUAAACAGGACCCAUUUAGCUGCCACAGUCUCCACCCAGACAUUACAUAAAUGAUAAUUCUUGCUGUCCGUGUUAAAGCUGCACAAAUUAACUCCUUCUUUUUGCCUUUUCUUCUCAUUCCUGUCGCUUCCCUUCAUUCUGACUGUGGACAAUAGUCCACGUAAACAAGCAUUCCUCUCCGUCUUGCUUCAUUAACAACAUUCACUGUGUGCUUAUUGGAGAAAGUGACAAACACAUUCCACAAAUCUCAUUGGCAGGUUUUGGUGUCGGGGGGGAAAAGAUAUUUCUAUCAUGUUUUUCUCUCUGUUAACACUCUGCUGUAGUGACAAGUUCACACUGGUUGGAUGUUAUUGUGACAUUUAUGUCCUGCCCAUGAAAAACACCGACUUUGUGGAUUUCAGACCUUAGCUCUGCUUCGUUUCUGUCAGAGGUUCAGUCACCGACCUCAGUGUUUAGUCAAGUGUCGUGGGAUUAUUUUCUGUCACUGUUCCUUUGUAUUAAAUGCCAUCUCAGAUCUGUAUCUUUUGUACAAACAAAAACAGGAAUUGACAUGAAAUGACACAUCAAUCACAUGACUUGACUAUUUAAAACCUUCUGGUGAUAAAACUGGAGAUUGCUACAGAAACUGUUCAUGAUGGACCUUAAAGGCCUAGAUUGUGUGUGAAUAUGUGCCUCAUGUCUUUGGUCUUUUGGGUACCUGUCACUGUGGAUGUUCCUGCUUUGUUUCUUGUUGGGGGAGGGCGGGGAGGGUUAUGAAAUGGACUCACGGUAGAAUGUCCAAGACUUGCCUCUGACCUGGAUGAAUUGAAUAGUUGGGUAUUGCUUCACUGUUAAUUUUAGCCUGUUUCUUGUUCCAGCUGUGCUUAUAUCCCUCUUAGCACUUCCACUUUUUUUUUUUUUUUUUUUUUUAAUGGUUUAUUUCUCAGAAGCUCCCGUUCAGUAUAGUUAUCACAAAAUCAAGCAACUAUUGAAUUGUCCAGUCUGAGCUGUUUUGACCAGACAGCUGUGAUGAAAGCUCCUCUUGAUGUUUUAGAUUUGUUUCCCAGUGAAGAGCUGACACGGGUAAAAGGUUCAGUCUGUUGUUUGCCUUCAAUAUUUGUUACCACUGUAAAGACCUGAAAGUGCCAUAGAGAUGACCAUGGAAGUGUUUGUAGGAGACUGUUGUGAGAGUAGGUUUGUGUAGUAAAUGGAAGAGUUGAUAGGUGCCCAGAUCCAAAACCACUUUGAGGUGCUAUUGUAAAAAAAAAAACACUAUGUUCAAAGGACCCUGUUGUGGAUGACAUCACCAAGUCCUGCCAAUCCAUCCCACUAUGCACCAGGCAACAUUACUGGUCGAGGUUUGUUAGUAAGCAAUGUGACCCUGACAUUCUGACACUUUGCACCUCGGUACGGGUAUUUAAAACAUCUUAUAAAAUGAUGUCAAACCGAGAAGCCGUCAGCAGCCUUUUGAGUCAUCGUGGCUUUGAGAUGCAAUUUGAGCAGCGAGUCGUAGAAUAUUAGCAACAGGAAAUAACAGGAGGGCUUAUAGAAAUGUGUGUCUGACACAGAAUAUACUGCUCUCUCUGCCACUCUAUGGGUUCUUUAUAGCACUGUUGGCACGAGAGGGAAGUUUUGCGGAGGAGUAGUGAGUAGCGACCCAAAGGGACUCUGUAGGUUGGAGAAAUGUGCAGUUGAAAGAUAGAUGUGUGUUUGUUAUUUAGGUCUAGAAAACCGAGUGAAAGCUGUGUAAAUAACAUGACCAUACUUUUUUUUUUUUUUUUUUUUUCAUCUUUGUUAUGUGGCUGUGCUGAAGAGGGAAUUUGUGUGGGAGGUGUAUUUUUAAAUGUUUCUUUGUCUGUGUUCCCUGCACCUUGCCAUAAUGCAUCAUGAGUAAAGCAGAGCCUCUGUUAAUGUCGGAGGUCGUACAAAUAUCAAGAAAGAAAAUCAGACCAAAAUGAACCAGGAUGACGCCUCAUGUUGGAGGUCUGCUCAGCAUUUUUGUUCAUUAUUCUUGCUUCAAGCAUCAAACAUUGAUUAUAAGAAAAAAAUAAUAAAGACUUUUUAAAAUGGC